CUGAGGCAUCCCGGCGCCGGCCCGCCUCCCGCGGCCCUCCCCCGGCCCGCCCCGCGCCUGCAGUGGCUCCUCCGGGAGCGCAGGCGGCGGUGCCGCCCGGGUCCGCGGCCGUCCCGGCGCCCUCCGCCUCGCCAAGAUGAACCCGCGGCUGCGGCACUGGCGGGAGGCGGCCACGCUGCUGCUGGCGGCGGGCACUCCGGGCCGGCCGCCGCGCUCGCCGCUCGGCCCCUUCGACUACGAGCUGCUGCUGCUGCGCCGGAGCUCCCGCAGCGGCUUCAUGCCCGGCGCCCACGUGUUCCCGGGCGGGCUGGCGGAGCCGGCGGAUUUCUCCGCCGAGUGGCUGGGGCUGCUGCCCGCCUCGCCGCACUACGGGCUGGGCGCCGUGAAGCCGCCGCCGCCCGGAGGCAGCCGCGCCCCGCUCUUCGCCACCGAACGUGAGAGCCUGGGCUCGCAGCUGCCGGGGGAAGUCGCCUUCCGCAUCUGCGCUCUCAGGGAGACCUUCGAGGAGGCGGGGAUCCUGCUGCUGGUGCCGGGGCGCGGGCCGGCCCCGCCGCUGCCCGCCGAGCGCCUGCCGCCCGCCGCCGAGCUGGAGGCGUGGCGGCGCCGGGUGCGGGAGGACUCGUCCUGCUUCCUGCGGCUGUGCCGGCACCUGGGCUGCGCGCCCAACAUCUGGGCGCUGCACGAGUGGAGCAACUGGCUGACACCCGUGGACAGGGCCGGCCGCGGCGGCCGCCGCUAUGACACGGCUUUCUACCUGUGCUGCCUGGAGGAGCGGCCGCCCCACGUGUCGCAGGACGACCAGGAGGUGACGGCCGUCCUGUGGUCAUCGCCUCCAGAAGCCAUUGAACGCUUUAAGUCUCAAGAGAUCUGGUUUCCUCCACCUCAGUUUUAUGAAUUCUGCAGGCUGUGCAACUUCUCUUCCCUGAGGGAGCUGCAGAAGUUCAGCUCCGAACGCGCUCUCGAGGGCUGUGAGCGCUGGAUGCCGGUGAUGCUGAGUGCUGCAGAUGGAUUCAUCCAGCUGCUGCCGGGAGAUGAGUUAUAUCCAGAAGAUCCAGAUUAUACUGGAGAAAAGAAAAUGUUGAUGUCAACAGAUAAGAAGGUUGAAGAUCUUAUGAAAGAGGGUGGGGUAUUUCACAGGAUAGUAAUAAAAAACAUCAACAAUCUUGCUGUCUAUGUUAAUAUUCAAGCAAAAUAUAAGCAUAUAAAUCCACUGAUGAUGAAGUGCAAUAAUUCAGAUUACAAUAGCAGAUUAUAAUACAUCUUUGGUUUAAAUUUCAAUUUUUAAUUGCAUAUAUGCUCACUAUGGUUUUGGUGCUUUUUAACUGUUGCCAAAUAGCCAUGAAAAUAUUCCUCUGUCCUGCCAAAGCAUUAUGUCUGUAUGUAUGUGUGAUGUCACAUCUAUGUGCAUCUGAUCUCUUGAGUCUUUAAAAACAGAAAGUUGUGCCACUGUUGGGUCACAAAGGUCCUCAUCUCACUGAAAAUUUAACUAUAUAUUAUGUUCAGAACAAGAAGAGAAGAGCUGAAGAAUUCUUUUACUAUGCUUCCCAAAGUUAUCCACUAGAUAACUGCAAUGCGUGUCUAGAAAUGAAUCCAAUCUCCCAUUCCAUAUUUGUUGACAUUUCCCACUCUAUUCUCCCUUUCAUUUUGGGGAAAAGCAAUAAGUGUAUAGAUAUAUAAAUUAACUAUAAUGCACUUUUUAAAAGAACAUUAUAAAGUUAUUUUUUGUAUUUGAUAUACUUAUUUUUUUUCUAUUAAUCAUUCAAAACUACAAUUUUCAAAGGUAGACCUAAUUUAAAUGAAGUAAUCUAUGCAGGAAUUGCAUAGAUGCAUUAUUUUUAUCAAUGUUUUUUAGCUUCAAGUUGUAAGCAAUUUUUAAAAAUUAAAAAGUGUAAUUUUUUUAGCUUCCAAAAGAUAUCAACAACUAAAGGGAAUAAUAUUGAAUAAUAUCCCUGAAAUACUCACUUCCAUAUGCUAGCAUCCCACUUUUUGCUUCUUCACUACUUUUUUAAUAUAACUGAGAUUUAAGAACUUCAGAGGAAAGGUUGCUGCUUAAUUUUUGGUUUGGAUUUCUGUGUGGUUGGAUUUGUCUUUUGUGCAAUAAGUGGAGUCAGUGGAGCAGUUUUGUAAAUUCUUUGUCUGGAAGGAGAGUGAAUGAUGACUUCAGAUUAGUCAGUAAAGCCGUUCAGAAAGCUUUCUUCUAGCUUUUCUUCUGUGUUUCAAUUAAAACUUUCUGCAAUUCCAUUAAAUUGGUUUGUAGCAUUCAUUUGGAUUAAAGAAAAAAUACUGAAAAAAAGGUGUGUCUUUCUCUUCUCUCUCAGAACAGAGCCAGGCUGUUGCUGGUUUUGCAGACCUUGUUGAGGUUUGUAAACCUGUGCUGAACAGUGACCACGUGAAGCAGAACACUGUGUAUUGUGCAGCAGAAUGCCACCCGAAUAUUCUGACAUUCCCUUUGCUCCAGUCACUGGAGACUUCACGAGCCUGCCAUGAGUUUUCAAAUGCCACGGAGAGUGCCCUAGGACCCACACUUGCUAGUUCCCUCAGAACCUUGGGGUACAUCUCAUCAAGUCCCAAGGACCUGUCUAUGUUCAGGUUUCUCAGAUGGUCUCGACUUUUGUUUUCUCCUACAAAGUAAAGUACUCGAAUAUCCUCCUCACCUUGAAAUUCAGGGACAUGGGAAAUGUGGGAAGCAUGACUGCAGCAAAUACUGAGCCAAAAAUAAAAAAAAAAGUCAAAUGUCAAAGAAACCCUGUCAGCCCUCUCCAUGUAGAUCCUCACUGAAGAAUUGGGGGUGGGGUGUAUAUUUGUUUAAGUUCUCAUUUUCUAA